AUGGAGCGCUUUGUCCGAGUUCACUGUGGCUUACACCAAGGCUAUGGGAGCACACAGCCUUUGAGCCACCCUGGCCUCUGGGGACACUGUAAACAACAAGACUGGAGGCAAAACACGGGUCAUCCCGUUUUCCUAGCUAGGCCAGGGCCUAUGGUAGCAGUGAAUGUUCCUGAAUCCCAUGUAUACCCUUACAAGAGGGCUCAGCUUCAGGCCAUUCUCACCCAGAUGAACCCCAACCUGAGUCUACGGCUCUGCAAGGCCAAUACUAAGGAGGUGGGUGUACAGGUGAGCCUUCGGGUGGACAAGUCGGUACAGUGCUCACUGGGGCCUCAGACCCUACAUAGCAGCUCCCACUGGGACAGAACCAACCUCAGGAAGCCUGCAGAAGCUUACCAUGGAGGCUUGAUCCAGCUCCCCAAGGAUGGGGAAGACAGAGAAAGCCAAGAGCUUAUUGGACCUGCAGAGGCCAGUCAGCUGCCGCCACCUACAUUGAGGCCAGAUGGUGAUAAGCAAGAGAAACUCCCAGAGCUGAAAGAAGUCAGGGAGGAAGAUGCCCCCAGCCCUCAGGACAGGAAAAGCAAGCUGUUUCUGGAACCAAAAUAUGGCUAUUUUCACUGUAAAGACUGUAAGACCAGAUGGGAGAGUGCCUACGUGUGGUGCAUCUCUGGUACCAACAAAGUUUAUUUCAAACAACUGUGUUGCAAGUGCAGAAAGAAAUUUAAUCCUUACCGAGUAGAAGCAAUCCAGUGUCAGACCUGCUCCAAAUCCUCUUGUUGCUGUCCUCAAAAGAAAAGACACAUUGACAUCAGAAGGCCACAUCGCCAGGAGCUCUGCGGUCGCUGCAAAGACAAGAAAUUCUCCUGUAGCAAUAUUUACAGCUUUAAAUUCAUCCUGUGACAGCAGAUGCAGUUUCUGGUUUGUAGACUCGGCAGCAGUGUAGCCCUCCGUGAAGCUGGCUCUG